AUGCGCCCUACCACCAGCAUCUUGUCUUCUCGUGCCUUGGUCCAGCGCGCAAAUAGUGUCCACCUCCGCCUCCAGGAGUCGCGCUCCUCGUCAUGGGACGACUUCCUGCGCCCUCUCUGGGAGACGGCGAGCACCAGAGUCAUCCUGCUGAAGAUCCUCUGGUACAACAUGUGCAACAUUGACGACACGGCACGGCAGCUCAAGAGGAUUCUCGACUGGAGACAACGCCAUCAGCCCGGGGAGAUGCUCAAGAAGGCGUUGAACCGCGAUGCGUAUGAGCAGGCCUGCAAGGUGACAUGCCACGACCUCGGCAGUGGGCACCUGCAGGUCAUCAUCUACAACAGGUACUACGACAAGGUCGAGGACGUGCAGGCCACGUUCGGCGACGCGGCAGCGUUCUACAGGUUCCGGCUCUACGUCGUAGAGAAGGCGAUGCGGCUGCUGAUGUCGUCGGUCGAGACGCCCAUUGCACCCGACCUUGACUACUACCGGUUCAUCACGGUGGAUGACUUGCGCAGACGCCCGUUCCCCCAGCCCCGUGUCAUCCACGAGGCCAGGGAGCAGGCGAGGGGCUUGGGCUACUACUACCCGAACUGCCUGAGGGCCCGCUACGAAGUCAACGUGCCCACGCUGUACGGCUGGUACGUCUGGUUCUGGGAGUCGGUGAGGAGAAAGCAGGAGGACGCCCUGUUUGAAGGGUGCCGGCCUGGAAGGUACAGGGUCAAGGACGGGAGAGAUCUUGCACGGGAGAUGUUCAAGCGCGAGGCCGGCUUGGAGGUGGCCCGGCUCCCUCACGAGUACGGGGGCCAAAACGGCACAUUGAGCGGGCAGGUGAAUGUGUUGUCGUACACUGGGGGGAAGAAUGCACACUUUGCCUAG